CGCUGAAGUCCAAACCAAAAUUCGUGAGUUGGAGGUCGACUACGAAAAGAAAAUGUGGCUUUCGAGGGUAAAAACUUCACCUAUUUUCAACCCYACAAAGGCUACUGGCCUUGCGAGUACAGCACUUCGAGCAACAUGUAGCAGAAACUUCCACUUCAAGAUCGAAGGAAGACGAAACCAGGACAAGACCUCAAAAGGAGAGAUUUCUCGUGAAUACCCAGUGGUAGACCAUACCUAUGAUGCCGUGGUGGUAGGUGCUGGAGGUGCAGGUCUCAGAGCUGCCUUUGGUCUGGCRCAGGAAGGAUUCAAGACUGCUUGURUCACAAAACUAUUUCCAACAAGAUCUCAUACAGUAGCUGCUCAGGGAGGAAUCAAUGCUGCUCUUGGUAACAUGGAGCCRGAUGACUGGCGAUGGCACAUGUAUGAUACCGUUAAAGGGAGUGACUGGCUGGGAGACCAGGAUGCCAUUCAUUACAUGACAGAAGAAGCCCCACAGGCUGUCAUAGAGCUUGAAAACUAUGGCAUGCCAUUCAGYAGAACAGAAAAGGGUACCAUCUACCAGAGAGCAUUUGGUGGUCAGAGUUAUGAUUAUGGUAAAGGUGGACAGGCUCACAGAUGUUGUGCUGUUGCCGACAGAACUGGACACUCUCUUCUUCAUACCUUAUAUGGACAGUCCUUGAGAUAUGAUUGUGAAUACUUCAUUGARUACUUUGCCCUGGACCUCCUGAUGGAAGAUGGUAAAUGUGUUGGCUGUAUUGCUCUCUGUGUUGAAGAUGGCUCUCUACACAGAUUCAGAGCGAAGAAUACUGUCAUGGCUACAGGAGGGUAUGGUCGUGCCUACUUCUCAUGUACGUCAGCACAUACCUGCACAGGUGAUGGUACAGCUAUGAUAUCCAGAGCUGGAUUACCGAACCAGGACAUGGAGUUUGUUCAGUUCCAUCCAACUGGAAUAUAUGGUGCUGGAUGUCUUAUUACAGAGGGAUCGAGAGGAGAGGGAGGAUAUCUGAUAAACAGUGAGGGUGAACGUUUCAUGGAAAGAUAUGCACCWACAGCCAAGGAUCUUGCAUCAAGAGAUGUAGUUUCAAGAUCAGAAACAAUAGAAAUCAGAGAAGGAAGAGGUGUUGGCCCAAACAAAGACCACAUCUAUCUACAGCUUUCCCACUUACCUGCMGAGACACUCAAGACACGCCUACCUGGAAUCUCCGAGACUGCCAUGAUUUUUGCUGGUGUUGAUGUAACCCGAGACCCAAUCCCAGUGUUACCUACAGUGCAUUACAACAUGGGUGGAAUACCCACMAACUAUAAAGGACAGAAACCAGGAGAGUCCUUACCAGAACUCAAGCAGAGUGCCGGAGAAGAGUCAGUUGCCAAUUUAGAUGUAGUACGUCAUGCCAAUGGAAGCACUCCCACAGCACAACUGAGGUUGAAAAUGCAAAAGAUUAUGCAAAACAAUGCAGCAGUAUUCAGGACUGGGACAGUUUUAGAGGAAGGCUGCAAAUUAAUAGAYGAAGCUUAUAAAGAAUUAAAGGACCUUAAGUUAUAUGAUCGCAGUUUGGUGUGGAAUACUGAUCUCAUAGAGGCCUUGGAACUUCAAAAUCUGAUGAUCAACUCAGUACAAACAAUUGGCAGUGCYGAGAAUCGAAAAGAGAGUCGAGGUGCACAUGCUAGAGAAGAUUACAAGGAUCGUAUAGAUGAGUAUGACUUCUCCAAACCCCUUGAAGGGCAGACAAAGAAACCAUUGGACCAGCACUGGAGAAAACACACUCUUUCCUGGAUAGACCCUGACACUGGAAAGUAUAAGCUGGAUUAUCGUGAGGUCAUUGACUACACCUUGGAUCAAGACAAGUGUGCUACUGUGCCUCCAGCAGUGAGAUCCUACUAAAUUAACGACAACAAACUACAAGAUAAUAUAACCAUCACUACAAUCUUGUUGGUUACCACUAAUGUCUAUGACAAGAUAUCUGGUGUUGAGACAAUAAUUUUAUUAAAUAGCCUUGUCAUUGCAAUGGUAAACCAGUCUCAUCUUGAAAAUUUGAUGGGUGUCAAAAUAAGAAGUGUUUUUUUUUCCAAUAAAAAGCCAUGUUGGUUAUCAAGGCAUUUCUUGAUAAGAGUCUAUGCUUAGAAUUUCAUCAAAGUAUCUGAUAAUUCCAUGAUCUUUUAGCUAAUAUAAUAUUUAUGUCAUGUUUUGUGACAUGCAGAUAUGUAAAAUAAAGGUAGUUUAUUCAUASUAUGAGAUUCUUAUUUUCGGUAUGUGCAUUUUGUCCAAUAAAAAAUAUUUGUUCGACUAUAAGACUACCUAWUUUUUUUAUUAGAAAUUGUGAAUCUUUUAGAAGGUGAUUAUUUGCAAACCCUUUCUGUCAGUUUAGAGAGAGUAGACCUGCACAAAAUUCUUUUAGUCCAAUUUUGCUUUGAUUACUUAUCUGUCCAUAGUCAUUGCUAAUUUUAAAAAAAUUAUUUAAAUUUAUUUUACAUUGUGUUAAACAAGUACAGCUAUAUAACCUUUAUAAUAUUUUCUAACAUUCUCUAGUAAUAUCUGGAAUCUAUCUAUAAAUACAGCCUGCUGAGUAUAUGGCAUGGGUUUCAGAAGAGAUUCAUGUAUAAGCAUACAAUAUGCCCAAGAGCAGAUAGUCAUCAACUCAAAA